AUGCCUCCUGUUAAGCAUUAUUCGUCUAGUGAAGUGAAUCAGUAUGAAUUAUCAUCAAGACUUUUAUCCCUUACUGAAAAUAAUACAUCGUAUACUCUUACUCAAAUAAAUGGCCAAAGGAUUUAUAGAAAGGCGCCUCAUGCAUGGAGUGGUCCAGAACCUUCAAGGAAUUGUGAGGUGUUCAUUGGACGAAUCCCUCAUGACUGUUUCGAAGACACUUUGGUACCGUUGUUCCGUCAAGCUGGUGAGCUGUUUGAGUUUCGACUCAUGAUCAACUUCUCCGGCUGGAAUAGAGGGUAUGCCUUCGCGAUGUAUACAACUGAUGCAGAAGCAAGCAAUGCUAUUCGUAUGUUUAACAACUACAUGAUAAGACCUUCUUGGCAGCUAGGUGUCUGUCCAUCAAUUAACAAUUGCCGUAUAUUCAUAUCGCGUAUACCACCGACUACGCCAUCUGCGGAGAUUAUCCGCUUGUUAUACGCACUGACAGAUGAAGUGCAAGAAGUGCGUAUCCGUCGGUCGAUUGCUUCGUGCGCAGCAAUUGUUGAGUACAAGUCUCACCGCGGUGCUGCUAUGGCCAGGAAGGCCUUGGUUGCUGCCGCUGCUGCUGCUUGGGGAUGUGGCGCUAGACCUGCUGUAGACUGGUCACUCCCUCAGUCCCCGCAACUGCUCAAACAAUAUCGAGAGGUGGGACGUUGGACUCCUGAACGUGGAGUGGAGUUGACUCGGGCACCUGAAGAACCCGCAACUACAUCGCCACCGCCUGCUGCGCCCUCCUAUACGCUCGAACCAUGGUCUCAAGCACGUCGUCUGCGCAUGAUUCACGAAGCCCAACGUAGUGCCGCUGCUGCUGCUGAGUGGUCAAACCGUAUUAACAACGGCAUGGAGUCUCUGGUAUCGUCGAUGACUUCGCUAGGUUUCGGAGGUGGGCUUGGGCUAGCUGGUCGUGAGGCUGGUGUUUGGGCGCCCCCUGGAGCUCCUGGAACUGGUCUGGGUGCUCCCCGCAUGCCUACGCCACCGCAACCGCGUGACUUUAAUCCAUGGACUGCGCGCCAUCCGCUGCAGGAGUUCAUCACUCCCGGCAAAGAUAGCCAGUGA